CCCACGUGAGUGAGAUAAUUGAUAAAUAAAAAAUAACAAUACAACAAGCGUCUUAAAAAAUAAUUGUAAACAAAAAAUUAAAUUGUUAUAAAAUUUAUUGAUUAUAAUUAAUUUAAACAAAUAUUGCAAUCAUGUAUGUAAAGUCAAUGGUUUUGGAUGGAUUUAAAUCCUAUGGUAAACGAAUUGAAAUAAAUGGUUUUGAUAAAGAAUUUAAUGCAAUAACUGGUCUAAAUGGUAGUGGAAAAUCAAAUGUACUUGAUGCAAUAUGUUUUGUACUUGGUAUUACAACCCUUGGUCAGGUACGUGCAACGUCUCUUCAAGAGCUCGUUUACAAAUCAGGUCAUGCUGGUAUAAAAAAAGCAACAGUCAGUAUUACAUUUGACAAUUCAAAUAAAGAUGCAUCACCAUUUGGUUAUGCACAUUACAACGAAAUAACAGUAACACGUCAAAUUGUCAUUGAUGGAAAAAAUAAAUACUUGAUUAAUGGUACAAAUGUACCAAAUAAACGUGUACAUGAUAUGUUUUGUUCAGUUCAAUUGAAUGUUAAUAAUCCUCAUUUUUUAAUAAUGCAAGGACGUAUAACAAAAGUACUCAAUAUGAAACCACUUGAAAUAUUAUCAAUGAUUGAAGAAGCUGCUGGUACACGUAGGUAUCAAAAAACAAAAGAUGAUACUAUGAAAACGAUUGAAAAAAAAAAUAAUCCUUUAAAAGAAAUUGAAGCAAUAUUAAGUGAAGAAAUUGGACCAAAAUUAGUUAAACUCAAAGAAGAAAGAAAACAAUUUGUUGAAUUUCAACGUGUUGAACGUGAACUUGAACAUUGUCGUAAAAUUGUUGUUGCAUAUCGUUAUGUAACAGCUUUACAAUCAAGUGAAGAUGCUAAAAUUUCAGUUAAACUUGCAUCUGAUAAUGUUGAUUCAAAAAAAAAAUCAAUAACUGAUGGACAAGAAGAAAUUAAAUUAAUUGAAGUUAAAAUAAAUGAUUUAUCAAAAUUACUUGAUAAAGAAAAAGGUGAUGUACUUGAUGAACUUGAACGUAAAUUAAAAGAAUUAGAAAAAAAUCAUAGUAAACUUGUUGCUGAAUCAAAUUCAAAUAUGGAAAAUAUUAAAACAGAAGAAAAAAAUAUAAUACAAUUAAAAAAAAAUUUAACAGAUGAUAAAACUGCAUAUGAUGAUAAAAAAAAUGAAUUAAAUAAUGUUGGUGGUUUAUUUGAAAAAUUAAGAAAAAAAAAUGAAGAAGAUGCUGCAUCUGUUAUAGCAGCACAAGAACGUUUACAAAAAAUAACUGCUGGUUUAUUAGAAACAGAUACUGGUGAAAAUGCAACACUUGAACAACAAUUAAUGAAUGCAAAACGUAAUGCAACAACAGCUGAUACUGAAGUUAAACAAUGUGAAAUGGGAUUAAAAUUUUCAAAAGAACAAUUAUCAUUAAAACAAAAAGAAACUACAACAAAUGAUACUGAUUAUCAACGUGACAAUAAAGAUCUUGAAUUAAAAGAAAAACAAUUAAAAACAUUGACAAAUGAAUUGAAGAAGCUAAAUUACGAAGAUGGUAGUUUAGAAAUUUUAAAAGAUGAAAAACGUAAUUUAAUAAAUGAAAUUGAUAAUUUAAAAGAAAAUAUUGAUCAAUUUACAUCACGUUAUCCACAGCUGAGAUUUAAUUAUCAAGAUCCAAGUCCUAAUUUUAAUAGAGAUUCAGUAAAAGGUCUUGUUUGUACAUUAUUACGUUUAAAAGAUAAAAAAACAGCAUAUGCACUUGAUGUUGCUGCUGGUAAUCGUUUGUAUAAUGUUAUUGUUGAUACUGAAAAAACAUCAGAAGCAUUAUUACAAAAUGGACAAUUACAACAACGUGUUACAAUAAUACCACUUAAUAAAAUAUCUGAUUCAUCAAUUGAUGAAAGAACAAUUCAAUAUGCUGAAAAAUCAGUUGGUAAAGAUAAUGUACAAUCAGCAUUAUCACUUAUUGAUUAUCCAGAGAAUUUAAAACCAGCAAUGUCAUGGAUAUUUGGACAAGUAUUUGUUUGUAAAGAUAUGAAUGUUGCUAAAAAAAUUGCAUUCAAUGAUAAAAUAAUGAAAAAAUGUGUUACACUUGAGGGUGAUAGUUAUGAUCCAUCUGGUACAUUAUCUGGUGGUGCACCAUCAAAAACAGGCUCAAUAUUAUUAAAAAUGGAUGAUUAUAAUUCAAUGAUUGAAGAGCUUAAAAUUAAAGAAAAACAAUUACAACAAAUUAAUGAUAAAAUUAAAAAUUUAAAUAAUAUUGCUGAUCAUUAUGGUGGGCUAAAACAACAACUUGAUUUACGUACACAUGAAGUUAAUUUAUUACGUCAAAGACUUGAACAAACAUCAUAUCAUAAAUUACGUGAAGAAGUUGAACAACAUAAACAAAAAAUUAUACAAUUAACUGAACAAAUGGCAGCAGCAAAAUUACUUGCUAUUGAAAGUAAUAAAAAAGCUAAUCAAAUUGAAGAACAAUUAAAGGAUUCAACAAAUAUACGUGAAAAACAAUUAAAAGAUGCUGAAAAUCAACUUAAAUUAUGUCAAAAAAAAUCUGAAAAAUCACGUGAAGCAUGGCAAAAACAUGAACAAGAUUCUGAAACAUUAAAUCUUGAAAUAAAAGAUUUAGAAAAUUCAGUUAAAAUUGGACAAGAACAAUUACAAAAAGCUGAAGAAAAAUUAAAUAAUCUCAAUGAAAAAUCAAUAAAUUUUAAUGAAUUAUUAGAAAAAUCAAAGCAAAAUGUCACUGAAUAUACUGAUAAAAUAAAAAAUCAAAAAACCAUAAUACAACAACAAAAUGAAGAAAUUAAUAAAUUAAUAAAUAAAAUUGAUGAUAUUACAAAACAAACACGUGAAUUUGAGCUUGAAAUAAAAAAAUUAAAUCAUGAAAUAAAUAUGAUUAAAACAAAUGCUGCUGAAUGUAAACAAAAAGUAACUGAUUUAUUAAAUAAAUAUGAUUGGAUUGAACAGGAUAAACAAUAUUUUGGUGAACCUGGUGGAGUAUAUGAUUUUACUGUUAAUGAACCAACAAAAAUAGCACAAAAAAUGACACAACUUGAGACAAAACGUGAUAAAUUAAGUCGUAAUGUUAAUACAAGAGCUAUGAAUUUAUUAAGUAAAGAAGAAGAACGUUAUCAAGAAACAAUUAAAAAACGUGCUAUUGUUGAAAAUGAUAAAAAAAAAAUAUUAGAAACAGUAUCAUGUUUAGAAGAGCAAAAAAAAGAAACAUUACUAAAAGCUUGGGAACAAGUUAAUCGUGAUUUUGGCUCAAUAUUUAGUAGUUUAUUACCUGGUGCAUCAGCAAAACUACAACCAACUGAAAGUCAAAAUGUACUUGAUGGAUUAGAAGUUAAAGUUGGAUUUUCUGGUGUUUGGAAAGAAUCACUUGGUGAAUUAUCUGGUGGACAGAGAUCACUUGUUGCUUUGUCAUUGGUAUUAGCAAUGUUAUUAUUCAAACCAGCUCCAUUAUACAUUCUUGAUGAAGUUGAUGCUGCAUUGGAUCUUUCACAUACACAAAAUAUUGGUACAAUGCUUAAACGUCAUUUCAAACGUUCACAGUUUAUUAUUGUAUCAUUAAAAGAUGGCAUGUUUAAUAAUGCUAAUGUUCUAUUUACAACUAAAUUUGUUGAUGGUAUGUCAACAAUAACACGUGGUGAAAAAAAAAAAACAAGUGCUGAUAAAUAAUUUUCACUAAUUUUCAUGUUUU